GUUUCCCAUUUCAGAAUCAGCUCUCCCUAACCCAGACAUUCAUCCUCUUCAACUCCAAUCGUAGAAACAAGAAACAAAAGCCCACAUCAAUGGCUUCCAACAAUGAACAGCAAAAUCAGGCAGGCAGGCACCAAGAAGUUGGCCACAAAAGCCUUCUGCAGAGCGAUGAACUUUACCAGUAUAUACUUGAGACUAGCGUGUAUCCAAGAGAGCCUGAACCUAUGAAGGAGCUCAGGGAGCUAACUGCCAAGCAUCCCUGGAAUAUUAUGACUACAUCAGCUGAUGAAGGGCAGUUCUUGAACAUGAUUUUGAAGCUUAUGAAUGCCAAGAAUACCAUGGAAAUUGGUGUCUAUACUGGAUAUUCUCUCUUGGCAACUGCUCUUGCUCUUCCUGAUGAUGGAAAGAUCUUGGCCAUGGACAUAAACAGAGAAAAUUAUGAGCUGGGUCUGCCUGUUAUCCAGAAAGCUGGUGUUGCACACAAGAUUGAUUUCAAAGAAGGCCCUGCUUUGCCUGUGCUUGAUCAAAUGAUUGCAGAAGGCAAGUAUCAUGGAACUUUUGACUUCAUAUUUGUCGACGCUGAUAAGGACAAUUAUCUGAACUACCACAAGAGAUUGAUUGAAUUAGUGAAAGUUGGAGGAGUGAUCGGGUACGACAACACACUGUGGAACGGGUCUGUGGUGGCCCCACCUGAUGCACCCCUAAGGAAGUAUGUCAAGUACUACAGGGACUUUGUGAUGGAGCUCAAUAAGGCCCUACCAGCUGAUCCAAGGAUUGAGAUUUGCAUGCUACCGGUUGGUGAUGGGAUCACUCUCUGCCGUCGGAUCAAGUGAUCAACUCCAUUGUGAUGUAUUUGAUGUUAACCCUUGAUCGGCAAAGCACAAAACGAUUUAUAUGUAUUAACUUUUAUUUUUCUUUUUUUUUUAAAAAAGAAUAUAUUUUCUGCUUCAAUGUUUGUGCCUGAAUGAAUGGCCGAUGCUUUGACAAAUUUCAAUUGAACGCAUCCCAAAUUCUGUGGUU